GGGGAGCUCAAAAAAUCAAACAGGCCAUCAUCCAUCCCGACACAAACGAGACCAUCUUCAUGCCUUUCCGAAUGUCAGGUUACAUUCCCUUUGGAACACCCAUCGUUGUUGGUCUCCUCUUGCCCAACCAGACGCUGGCAUCCACUGUGUUUUGGCAGUGGUUGAAUCAGAGCCACAACGCCUGCGUCAACUAUGCAAACCGCAACGCGACAAAGCCUUCUCCGACAUCCAAGUUCAUCCAGGGCUACUUGGGAGCUGUCAUAAGUGCUGUCUCAAUAGCAGUGGGCCUUAAUGUUCUGAUUCAGAGAGCAAACAAGUUUACCCCGGCCACUCGUCUCCUGAUCCAGAGGUUUGUGCCGUUCCCUGCUGUCGCCAGUGCCAAUAUCUGCAACGUUGUCCUGAUGAGGCACACGGAGCUGGAAGAAGGAAUUGACGUGCUGGACAACAACGGGAACAUCGUCGGGUCUUCCAGAAUUGCUGCCAAACACGCACUGCUGGAAACAGCCCUGACCAGAGUGGUCCUGCCCAUGCCUAUACUGGUUCUACCUCCAAUUAUCAUGUCCGUACUGGAAAAAACUUCCCUGCUGAGGUCCCGUCCCCGGAUGAUUCUCCCAGUCCAAAGCCUUGUGUGCCUCGCUGCCUUUGGCCUGGCCCUCCCCUUGGCCAUCAGCCUCUUCCCGCAGAUGUCCGAGAUUGAGACGUCUCGGCUGGAGCCGGAGAUCGCAGUGGCCACCACCAGUAAGACUGUGAUCUACAAUAAAGGAUUGUAAGUGGAAGAGGAUCACCUCAGCCCGGAAGGUUCGGGGAGAGGGGGAAAAAGGGGGAAAAAACUUUGAGAAGCCGACUGGGAAAAAGAAAACAACAACAACAACAACGACAACAACGAGACAAAAUAAUCGAGCUCAGCGAUAGUAACGUCGUAGUUCUCCCGGCGAAGCGGGAGGGAAUUAACGCUUGCAGAGAGCUGACACCCUCACACUGGUCAAAAAAGAUUAAUAUUAAAAAAGUUUUAACUUAGGCAAGAGGAGCGGCAGCAACCGCAGCAAAAUCACGCUCGAACACUUUAGAAGUAGCUGAUGAAGAAUCUCAGAAUUAACAGCACCGCACGGAGUCGACGUGGUUGGACCCCACCACAUGAGCGUAGACUUCACCCAGCAAGUUUUGUUUUCAUUGUGAAUCAAGUCUCCACACUGAUGCUGCACAAAAAUAACUCCCUGGGGAAUCGGCGGGAAUGUGAAGUGCUCGAUAAGGUGUUUGGGAAUUGUCCUGCAUUUGGGAUCUCCUGCUGAUCCCACCCCAGUGAUCAGAGUUAAAGAUUUCAUGCCAAGGUCACGGCCUCUGCUCCCUUCAUCCCUCCCUCCUCCUUCUGUGGACGGUCCUGGUGGCAUCCUGCCCUUCAUCCUGUCACUGAAUCCCACCGCUGGGCGUUCCACAAGGGCUUUUCCCUGGAUUUCAAGAUACUGGAAAGCCACCACACCCACACGCUGAGUGGGAAGGGGUCUCGUAGCAAAAAUCAUGAUGGAUCUGCUCUUUGCCUUUGCACAGCCAGGAAAGAUGAGAGUUGUCCCACCUAAACUUUAAAAUUAAGGUUGUUAGUCUAAGAUAAUUGGCUAAGCCACACUUUGUUAAGAUAGUUGUCCAAGGACAGAACAUGAUUUAAGCCCCAAGGUGGUCAGGCAGUUGGACUAGAUGAUCACUACAGGUCCCUCCCAA